AUGGAGACGGAGAAACUGGGAGAAUGGAAUGGAGUCUUCACAGGAAGCAGGAAGAAUAGACCAGAUAACUGUGUGAGUUGGUUUGCAGUGGAUAUUGGUGGCCAGCCUGUCCUCAGAAAUGGAAACAAAUGUCCAGGAAGAGAGGAAUCAGAGAUGGACCAGGUGAAGGCUGUGUGUCAGCUGCUGAUUCACAUGAGGCACCCCGAGGUGUACCAGCAGCUGGGUGUGGUACCGCCCCGAGGAUUCCUGUUACAUGGACCCCCAGGCUGUGGGAAGACACUUUUGGCACAAGCUGUUGCUGGGGAGCUGGAGCUGCCCAUGUUGAAAGUUGCUGCGACUGAGAUUGUGUCUGGAGUUUCUGGAGAGUCUGAGCAGAAACUGCGAGAGCUUUUUGAAGAAGCUGUGCUGCAGGCUCCCUGCAUCGUUUUCAUUGAUGAGAUUGAUGCCAUUUCUCCCAAACGGGAAGUGGCUUCCAAGGAUAUGGAACGUCGGAUUGUGGCUCAGCUGCUGACCUGCAUGGAUGAUCUGAAUAACCUGGCAAGCACCACACAAGUCCUGGUUAUAGGUGCGACCAACAGGCCAGACUCAUUGGACCCUGCACUGCGAAGGGCUGGGCGCUUUGACCGGGAGAUUUGCCUGGGAAUUCCAAGUGAGGGUGCCCGUGAACAGAUUUUGAGGACUUUGUGUCGAACACUGAAACUGCCAGAAUCGUUUGAUUUCCACCAGCUUGCCCGCCUGACUCCUGGUUAUGUGGGCGCUGACUUGAUGGCUCUGUGUCGGGAGGCAGCCAUGAAUGCUGUUAACCGCAUUCUGAUCCAGCAACAGGAAGAGAACAGACAACGGAAUACUUCAGAGCCACAUGGCACCUCGAAACAACAGAAACAAACAGAGCUGGAUGAGUUUGAGAGGUUGCGUACAUUGCUGAAGGAUCCAUCGCCUGUCUCUGAUGAGGAGCUGCAGAAGCUCCAUAUGGAGAUGGCAGAUUUCACUGAUUCGGUGUCGGCAGUACAACCCUCAGCGAAGCGGGAAGGAUUUGCCACUGUGCCCGAUGUGACGUGGGCUGAUAUUGGAGCUCUACAAGAAAUCCGUGAGGAGCUGUCCAUGGCUAUUCUGGCUCCGAUCCGACACCCAGAACAUUUCCAGCUUCUUGGACUGUCCAGCCCAGCUGGUGUGCUAUUGGCUGGACCUCCAGGCUGCGGGAAAACGCUCUUGGCCAAGGUAAGUGUCCUGUAAGCAACCCCCCAACACCACCACCUCCCAGUCAACCCUGUUCCCUGCCAAGUGCAGUGACGCAUUCAGGAGUAUUGGUCAGGAGUUCACAUUCUUUCAAUGAAUAUUGUGAAAUAAGUUUAAAUCAAUCUGUUCAUGUGGAGGCAAACAUUCUGGAAACUGCUGGAAUAUUAGGAAAACCAAGAACGUAGUCCCAAAUCCUUUUUGUCUGCCACUCUCAUACUU